UCAUUAUCGACUUUAGAAACACCAAUGUGCUUUCCUUUACUGGUCCUCCGAUUUUGCGUUUAUUGACCAUAAACUACUGCUCUCAGGUUGACUCGUUGCUCUCGCUUCACUCCCUCACUAUAAUUAAACCCCACCACAAAGAACCCUUCUGAUCACCAAGUUUUACUUUUUUAAGCUCUUCCCUUGCUUCUUCAUCUCUAACUUCUUUGUUUACUGUUUGAUCUCAACGUUUUCUCUCAUCAUAUCUCUCUAAGCUAUAGAAAUGAAGAAAGCUGUGUUGAAAUUGGAGUUGCAUGAUGAGAAAGCCAAGAAAAAAGCCAUGAAGACAGUCUCUGGUCUCUCAGGGGUGGAUUCAGUAUCCAUCGACAUGAAGGACAAGAAGUUGACAGUGAUAGGGGACAUGGAUCCAGUACACAUAGUGGCCAAACUGAGAAAGCUGUGUCACACAGAAAUAGCCACAGUAGGACCGGCGAAAGAGCCUGAGAAGAAAAAAGAUGAGCCCAAGAAAGAAGAGCCGAAGAAGCAAGGAGAUCAGAAGAAGAAAGGUCAAGAUCAAGAUCAGGUGGCUUACCAGGCCUACAAUCCUCAUAUGCCCCCAUAUUAUUAUGCUAGAAUUGUAGAGGAUACUCCAAAUGCUUGUGCCAUUUCUUAAUUAGACGUUAAAAACAAACAUAAUAUAUAAAGAUGAAAUAAGUGGAAAAAUAAAUAGCUAUGAUAAUUAGUUGGUGAUUUUGAAAAGUUUCGGUGUUAUUAGAACAGAAGUUUGAUGUUGUUGGGUUGUUUUAUAUAAAUAAAUUAAGGGUUUUAUUUUGA